AUGGACAGGCCAGCUUUGGGAGAUGUGGAGGAUUUGGCGACGCUGGCAAAUUUGGAUGAGACUAUUCUACUAGAAGAGAUCAAAGAGAGAUACCUGAAAAACAACAUUUAUACGUAUGUGGGUGAUAUUCUUAUUGCAGUUAAUCCAUUCAAAGACAUUGGCAUUUAUGAAAAACAUUUCAGUGCUCAGUAUCACAAUGUCAAAAGAAGUGCACAUCCACCUCACAUCUUUGCUGUAGCAGACGCAGCAUAUCAGGCUCUCCUUGGACAUGGUGGUAGACCACCGGGAAACCAGUGCAUUUUAAUUAGUGGUGAAAGUGGAGCAGGUAAAACAGAGAGCACAAAGUUAAUAAUCAAACAACUUGUUGACUUGUGCAGAGGAAAUACCCAGCUUGAACAGCAGAUCCUUCAGGUGAAUCCCCUUCUUGAAGCAUUUGGCAAUGCACAAACCAACCUGAAUGAUAACUCAAGCAGAUUUGGAAAAUACAUUCAGCUCAGAUAUCGGAAUAGCCAGUUGGUUGGAGCUAAAAUAUCAGAGUAUCUUUUGGAAAAGUCCAGAGUCGUCAGGCAGAAUUCUGGAGAGGAAAAUUUCCACAUAUUCUACUACCUUUUUGCUUCAGACAUCAACAAGAAAUUCCCACUAGGAGACCCCUGUGAUUAUAGAUAUAUAUCACAUGGAGGAAGUCAAGUCAAGGCAAACUUUGCAUCCUUGCUGAAGCGCUAUGAAGAGUUAGUGAAUGCAAUGGAUCUGGUUGGAUUUACUGAUGAGGAACAAGCAGACAUGUUUGCUGUAAUAGCAGGUGUCCUUCAACUUGGCAAUAUCACCUUUGGAGUCAGUGAUACAGAUGACACCAUCAGCAUUUCAGAGAGUCAGUUGUCUCUAAAAGCAUCAGCAGAACUUCUAGGAAUUGAUACUUCAGAAAUUGCAGCCUGUCUAACAUGUAUGGUAACAGUAACCAAGGGAGAACAUGUCAUAAGGAACUACAAUAAGGAUCAAGCAGAAGAUGCUAGAGAUGCCAUGGCAAAGAAUAUCUACGGGCGCUUAUUUGGGUGGAUAGUCAACAAGAUUAACUGUUUGCUGUCUCAUGAUGGUGAAGCUCAAAGUGCAGGUUUUUCUGAAAUUGGUAUACUAGAUAUAUUUGGAUUUGAAGACUUUACUAAAGAUGGUGGAGAGAAUAGUUUUGAACAAGCCUGCAUCAACUUGCAAGAGGAGUAUCAAAGAGAGGGUAUUGACUGGAAUGUGAUCAAGUUUGUGGACAACAAACCAUUGUUGGACAUGUUUCUUGCCAAGCCCAUAGGUGUACUUUCCCUGCUGGACGAUGAAAGUCAGUUUCCUAAGGGUACAGAUCAGUCGUUUGUAGAUAAACUAACCAAGGUGUUAUCAGCUAAUCAGUAUUUUACCAAGUCACAACAAACCAAUCAAGCUGUAUUCUCCAUUAAUCAUUAUGCUGGCAAGGUGACAUACACAGCUAACAAAUGGCUAGAAAAGAACAGAGACACACUACCUCCUGGUAUCAGUGAAUUGUUACAAACUAGCAACAAUGUGCUUGUCAAGACAAUCUUUAAAGGCUACAUCACUAGAACUGGUAGUCUUGCACUGCAUUCUGUUGAAGGAAACUCCAGAAUAAAUAAGAAAAAAAUGCAAGCACCUGUGAAUAUCAAUGAUGAUGCUGUUAAAAGAAAGCUGACUGUUGGAGCACAGUUUAAGAAUUCUCUGAAAAUCCUCAUGGAGCGAAUGACCUCAUCGACUCCCAUAUUUGUCCGAUGUCUGAAACCAAACCACUUGAAGCAGCCAGGUGACCUUGACAAGCAGUAUGUUCUUGCUCAGCUUUUGUAUACAGGAAUGCUUGAAACUGUUGAAAUCCGCAGGAAAGGAUUUGCAGUCAGGCCAACUUUUGACAGUUUUGUAGAGAAAUACAAAAUACUUGUAGAUCUAAAGAUGUCAGGAACAGCAGACAACUGUGUUGCUAUACUGAAAUUUGCAAAUAUUACUGGCUGGUGUCUCGGGAAAACAAAAGUUUUUCUAAAGUAUACACACACAGAAUUGCUGACAGAAUUACUGGACAAGUUAACUUCAGCAGCUAUACAAUUACAAAGAGCUGCCAGGGGAUAUCUUGGACGCAAAGAGUUUCAGAGACGUAAGAAAGCAGCGCAGCAAGAAAGAGAAGCACUGGAAAUGCUAGAAAAGGCAAUAAAAUCUGGCACUUCAGACAGCGUUGAAGUAUCAACAGACCAAUCCAAACCAUCUAAGAACCUGGCAACUACUGGCACACAG